AUGGAACAGAAACAGGAUCGGGCCGAUAACCCCAGCCAAUGGGAUGGGCAGCCGGAUCCCGCUGAACCGCGAUCAACGAUGCUCAACAUCGUUGAUCUUGGUCUUUCUCCACCACUUCCCUCACCCCCUCGCUGCAAAGCAGCCCCGAAAUGCGAGACAAGCGUUCACAUCGAUGACGACACACCAAAACCGCCCCUCCCCUUGCGACAGGGAUGUGGGCUCGGGCACCUCCAUGCCCACCACCGUCUGCUUGGCCACCACCACCUGCUUGCCCGCCACCACCCUCUUGCCCAACAUCGCACGCUCGCCUGCCAUUGCCCUUCGACCAGGCGGAGGAUAGCAACGGCAGUGACGAUGAGGACGGGGCACGAUGUCGACGAGGACGGUGGGGGCAUGAUGAGGACGACAGGGGCACAACGACGAGGACGCGGGGGUAUGGUGACGAGGACGACGGGGGGGCAGGACAAUGAGGAUGGGGGGAUGACAACGAGGACGACGGCAGGGCACCCUUCACCCCUGCCUUCGCCCCUCAUUCACUCGCCCCGUCCUCUCCCUCGCCCUGUUGCCCUCUGCCCCGCCUUCUUGCCCCCCUCGCCCGCCAUCUCGCCCUCUUCCCUCGCCUUCUUGCCCUUGCCCUUGCCCUUGCCCUCUGCCUUGCCCCUGUCCUCUGCCUCGCUUGCCUUCACCCUCUCCCCCCCGUCCGCCCCUCACUCGCCCCUUGUCCGCCCUCUGCCUCACCCUCGCCGUCUGCCUAGCCCCUGUCCUCUCGCCGUCUACCCCUCCGUCUCGCCUUCGUCGUCAGCCUCUUGCCCUCUUGCCCCUCACCCUUUCGCCCCUCACCCUUCCGCCCCCCUCGCCCUCUCGCCGCCAUCUCGCCCCUCACCCUUUUGCCCUUUUGCCUUUGCCUUUGCCGUCGCCUCUCGCCCUCUGCCCACCCUCGCCCUCUGCCCUCGCUCUUGCCAUCUCCCCUCGCUCUUGCCAUCUCCCCUCGCUCUCCCUCAUCCACCUCGCCGUCUCACCGUCUCCCUUGCCAUCUCCCUCUCACCCUCGCCCCCAUCCUCUGCCCCGCCAUCUCACCCACCGUCUCACCACGACGACAACGAUGGGCACGGAACAACAACAACGACAACGGGGGGCACAGAAUGA